UUAGCAUUCAGAUGUAUGCAAUUAUGUAACCUUUUCCAAACCAAAAAAGAGCAGAUCCCGUUGCAUUUCCGACCAAAAACCUUGAGGGAGCUCCGAUCCCGGCUCCGUUUGCCUUUUGACUCGGGGUUGGGAAACGUCGGGGGCGUUGCUGUGAGCCCGCCUCGACGCGACCUACCGCGAGAGGAGCCUGUGGGCGGGCAUUGGGACGUCGGUUCUUUCGCCCCCUUUCGUUCCUGCACGCGCGACCUUUGCGGAAGCAUGAGUGUGGAUUGGAUUGGCUAUGGUUAUGCUGCAUUGGUCGCCUCCGGUGGAGUAGCUGGCUAUGUAAAAGCAGGCAGUGUCCCUUCCUUAGCUGCUGGUCUCCUCUGUGGUGGGUUAGCAGGAUUGGGUGCUUAUCAGCAGUCAACGGAUCCAAAGAAUAUUUGGCUUUCUCUGGCUGCAUCGGGAACCCUGACUGUCCUGAUGGGAAUGAGAUACUAUAACUCUAGAAAAUUCAUGCCUGCAGGGUUAAUUGCUGGUGCCAGUCUAUUAAUGGUAGGCAAACUUGGACUACAGAUGAUGGAAAAACCUCUUUAGCCAUAAUUGUGCAACAACAAGAAAAAAGAGACCUACAGAGGACUGCCCUCCCAAUGCCUGUUCAGAACAAAACUCAAGACAAUAUUAAUGCUUUGUAAACGUUUACAAUUUGCAAAGUUUUUAAACUUCAAAUUCUGCUCAGGUUUUGUAAAGCAUCAAUCAUUAUAGAAUUAUAGUUUUCAUAUCUGUUUUCUCAUGAAUGCAUUUGUCACAACUCCAAACAUCUUAUGAUGAUGAACAUGUGAAACAUGGUAAACAGGAAAUACACUUAAUUUUGUGUCAUCAUAUUUCCAAGCUGAAAUUAAUCUCUCUGUAUAUCUGUAAGAUGUUCCACUCAAAACAAAAAGUUUAUAAGUUUUCUUUAUAAUUGACUAAAAACAAUUAAAUGUCUAAAAGCCUUUUGAAUUGUGAGACUUAUUCCUAAUUUUAAACAAAUGUGAAUUCCAAAAUUUUAAGCUGUAAUCUUUUAGGGUUCAAGGCUAAUUAGGCUAAUUUUAUGUUACCUGGAAACACACAGACUAAUAUUUUUAUCAACAUUUUUCAAUGAGUACCUUUUCAAAUAUAUUACUGAAUUAAUUCUGAAUGUAAUGACGCAUUUAAAACUGUAAUAUCUGUACCCACAGAUCUCCUGAUCAUUCUUCACAUUUUUGUACAAUUGGAAGUAGAUACAAACAUGCUUAGAGUAGUUCCAUUGAAAUAAAACGUCUGAGUUAAUCA